CUUCCUAGCAUCCCCCGCGGUAGCGACGUCGCCGGCGUCCUUCAAGAGCGGACGGAAGAUGGCAUCUGCUACCCGCUUCAUCCAGAGGCUACGGAACUGGGCCUCCGGGCAAGACUUGCAGGUGAAGCUGCAGCUGCGAUACCAGGAGAUCGCCAAGCGAACUCAGCCUCCUCCCAGGCUCCCUGUGGGCCCCAGCCACAAGCUCUCCAGCAAUUACUAUUGCACUCGUGACGGCCGCCGGGAAGCCAUGCCGCCCUCAGUCAUUAUGUCUUCACAGAAGGCGCUGGUGUCCGGCAAGCCAGCAGAGAGGUGAGGACGCCACACACCCCUCCU